ACCAACGAGAGAGGAUGCUGGACAUCGUGGAAGACUCGCCGUGCUUCAUAACUUUCGCAGCCUCCCUUUUCUCUGUUUAAGGCUAAAAGGUUGUUCCAUUUUGUGUUUGUUUGGAGAUAAAAGGCUUUGGAUUUUUUGAAGGGUUGUUUUUUCCUCUUGAAUGACUAACGUGAGAGGGGGCUAGACCGCACAUAUUUUAAGCUAGUUUUUUUUGUGAAUGGAGAGAGCAAAGGCUUGCGCGUGAGCAUCUAUCCCUUUCAAAGAACUGACCCUUUCCCACCUUGUUGGGGCAGGUGAUAUUGGCUCUGCCCGUGGACUAUGACAUUGGACUUGGAACCCAUGGAAGAUUUUGUUAUUGACGUAGUAGGAGAGGGACUCAGGGAUAACGGAGAGGAGCAUCUCGUGUCCUUACCUUUGGAAGAGACGAGAAGCGCAGAGCAUGAGCCCGAAACUUUUUUGUCUUCUAGUGGGCAGGAUGAGGAUAGGGACGACUACUCACCCACAUCGAAGUGUCCUCCAGCAGCAAUUAAAAGCCCGGCUUCGGUAAAGCCUCCAUACUCCUACAUCGCUUUGAUAACAAUGGCCAUAUUACAAAGCCCAAAAAAGCGACUUACCCUCAGCGAGAUAUGUGACUUUAUCAGCCACCGAUUCGUUUAUUAUCGUGAGAAGUUCCCUGCCUGGCAGAAUUCCAUCAGACACAACCUUUCGCUCAAUGACUGCUUUGUCAAAAUGCCCCGGGAGCCUGGUAAUCCAGGGAAGGGAAACUACUGGACGCUAGACCCCAAUUCUUCGGACAUGUUUGAGAAUGGGAGCUUUCUGCGUCGAAGGAAGAGGUUCAAACGCCAGCAUUUUCGUUUCGGGGUGCUCAAGGAGCAAUCCCUUGAGCCCAGUGGCUUUCACAACUUUUAUGGUACUUAUGGACUCGGCACAGCGGGUCUUCAGCUACCCAGUUUGGAGAUAUAUCCAUUCGGCUUCCAUCACCAUGCGCACUCGUCAUGCGCUCCCACCAUCCCACCUGUUAGCACCCUGCUACCGGCGUUGUCGAGCCUGUUUACCCGGAACACUUUCGCUGCCAAGGCUUUUCUUCAAUCACAACAGCCUGUCACUAUCGGGUCCUUCAAUCCGAGCCGCUAUGCCACCUUUUCUUCCGCUUUGACCACCAGCGGUCCCUACGCGUCCCCUGCGCUGUUCCACUCCACGGCGUCUCCACAUCUCGUCAGUUUACAUGAAGAAUAUCAGAAAUUACAAACUCAGCGCAGCACAUCUGACCUGGCUAAUGAGCAGUGCUUGUGAAUAUUUGAGCUGUGUUUCAGACUUUAAAUUGUGUAUUUGUAUCUCAGGUGAUAGAGAUUUUUGAAGCUCUUGUGGAAACACAGGUAUUUGGCAAAUGGUAAUUGGAUGGACUUUCUUGUUGAUCUCGGCCUAUUUGAAGAGUUCUUAAGAAUGCUGUAGAUGUAUGCCUUGCAUUAAUUACAUGUUUCAUAGCAUCUUGCGUUUUUCUUUGUAAAGUAUGAAAUUACAUGUGUCAAUUGAAAUGCAAAUAUUUAACUGACGAGUUUCCUUUUACAUUCGGAAAGAAAUAAAGUGAAUUAUUUAAAACAAUAUAUUUAACUCAGUCAUUUUUCUUAUAGGCCUUUGCGUCACUGACCUGUCAAUGUUGGCAAAAUUGAAGAUCUGUAAUUGAUGCCUUUAACAACUGAUUAGUGCAUAGCGUAUAUCUAAUCAGUGGAAAUAUAGCUGCACAUGUUUACCUAUAGUAGGCCUAAAUGCGCAGUGAACUUGAUUGCAUCUUUCAGCAGGAAAUCCGUUAAUUCAACAUUUUGCUGAGUGUGUAAGAUGAUGCGUGGGUUAAAUUAUGUUCAGAACUUUUGACAAAAUUAGGGUAAUUUUAGUUUGUCUGGUUAGCAUUUCUCUAAUAAUAAAAUAUUAUUAGAUUCAAUUAUAUGAUGUUUAGGCCUACACGUAAAACAUGUCAGCCUAUAUUAAGUCAAAUAAAAAUCUUAAAAUAAUUGACACAUUUUGACGGUUAUAGCUUUAAAAGUGUCUAUCGAAACAGCGACUGAGGAUCAAGCGAUGUGCGGAAUCAAACUAUAUAAAGAUCACAUGAACGAGAUGCAGCAUUGUGUUGACUCUAAUCUAGGCUAAAUCCAAUAUCCUGGAAUGUUAGGACUACAUUUUAAGGAUUUUCUGAUAUUACAAUUGAAACAUUUUAUUUUUGUUCGUUUUUUUUUUGCUCUUUCUAAAAUUGAAGUCUAGAAGUAACGGUCUGUGCAGCUGCGCAGCUUUCAGAUUGUCAGUUGAGUUACACCACAUCCAUCCAUUAGUUCAACAUCGUAUUAUAAUUGCCUGAUUUUGCGUCAUGGGGCCACACAGCCUGCUCGUUCCAAAAAUGGAAAAAAAUAUGUGCAACACAUUCAAAGACUUCAUAUUUUCAUGUCAGAUUAUGAGGUCAUUUCUAAACCCGCAUUUGGUUGUCUCUCCAAAGCAUUCCUUAUAAGUUUUUUUUUUAUAGAAAUAUUUUAAUAUGUUUGUAUGGGAGAUGUAGCUUGACGAACCAGUUGAGGAUUUAUUCAAAUAUGUGUUUAAAUAGACAUCGUGAUUUAACUCGGUUUUGCUAGAACCAAUUUCGUGGUUCGUGAUAUUAGUCAGAAAAUAAAAGCAAUAUUACAUUCUAAGAAAAUUAAAGCCAUAUUAAAGCCCUGAGAAUUAUGGAUGUUUAAAAACAAUAUUUUAAAGUAAUUAAUAACAUAUCUUCAUAACUUGAUAGAUAUCACAAUCAAGUUCAAUUGUGAUACUGUAUUUGUGAACAUAAAUGGAACAAAACAUAAAAGGAAUAUAAACGUUUCCUUACACUCUUAAUAUCGUUAGAAAUAUCUGGAGCCACAUUGGAGAUGAUUCUGGUACUGUUUCAACCCAAAGUAAUAGACAUUUCUCAUGGAUUAUAAUGAAGAUUGAGUAUUUGAGACAGAUUAUUCAUGUAAAUGUUGAAUGAUAUAAUUAACCAUAUUUGUUGUUUUCUUUUAACGUCCUUGUUUAGAUUUAUUGUGUGUUUUUCUUUUACUUCUAUGCCAGACCGUGCUGUGUUACACUGAACAUGACAGGAUGAAAAUAAUGUUAGGUUUCUUGGGAGGAAAGUAUUUCUUUAAUUCUAUUCUAAGCCUAGUUUAGAUUGAUGACUACUCUAAAGCUUUUGGAAAGGGCUGAUGGAUAGAAGUACAAUAUCCAAUUCAGUCUAAUGACGCUUGGCAACUAUUGAAGGACUUAAAUCAA